GUAGAGGACGCUCCAAUCUAAGCGCAGGGGCAAAACCCACUCACACCAGCGGUCGCCUUGCCCAAUGCAGCCUCGUCCUGCAGGUACAACUUGCUUUUCCGUAGCGGCAUGGCUGAUGGAUGCGGCGCUCGGCCGCGCCUUCCUUGCUUGGGCCAUGCAUGGUGGCACCAACAAACUACUGGCCGCGCAUGCCCAACCUCUCUUCUCCUGCUGUUGCUUCCCUCCUUCACCUUCGCUUCUUUCAUCUUAAUAAUAUACUUCAACACCAGCAGCCUUCCCCCCGACCAUCUUACGCCUUUGCAAGCAUCUCUUUCUCGAAUACGACAUACCGACGCUCAUCACUUGAACUUGCUUAACGGUGCACCGUAGCACACGACCUCAAGAUGCGCUCUUCAGGCUUUCUCGCUCCGCUUUUCUUAGCCGCCUCGUCCUUGGCCCAGGGCGUCCAAGAGGGCAUCGCACCGUCUUCAGGCCCACCUGAAGGUUGUGAAACGACUGCACAGGGAAACUUCACUAUUGGCACGCUGAAGAUUGGGUCGCACCACGCUAAGCGCGAGACUGCACAGCAGGCAGCAGAUGGCGCUCUCUUUUGCACAGUAAAGGACGGUGUCCUACGUGAUCAAUACGGCCGCACAGGUUCCGUCGUCGCGAACCAUCAAUUCCAAUUCGACGGCCCACCCCAAGCUGGCGCUAUAUACACAGGUGGCUUUGCAGUCUGCAAGAACGACUCGCUCGCCAUUGGAGGCACAACGAGGUGGUGGCAAUGCAAUAGUGGCCCCUUUUACAACCUCUACGACGAGUGGAUUGGCGAACAGUGCGAGGAGAUCCGGAUCCAGAUCGCUUUCCUCGAUCAACCUUCCUCUUCCAGCUCUACACCUGCUUCAUCCAGCGCUACGUCUGUUGCAUCCAGCGCUACCUCGAGCGACUUCUCAGGCACAGUAUCCACUCUGUCAGCAACAGAGUCUGGCCUUACUACAUCAACAAGCCAUAGCGGGAACGCUACCAUGACUUCGGGAGCUUCCACAGGCUCGUCGUCCCCUACUGGCUCGUCGUCUGCUACUGCCUCUUCUAAGGGUAGUUCUGCAUCUCGAAGUGCCUCAUCUUCGAGUGCGACUGGCGCAGUCCCAGCUCCUCCUGCCCAGACUGGUGCCGCCACUUCUCCCUCCAUCGCAAGUGGAGUGACUCUUGGAGCCAUCAUCGCCGUCUUUGGCGCCGCUUUGAGUCUUUAAGUUGUUUCCUACCAUGAUGGUCAAUUUAAGCACCAUUGGAUGUGCGGAUUCGUUCGCGUCUGGCUUCCUUCUAGGCCACUUUCUCGACAGUUAUCACUGUCUCGCUAUUGUUUGCACAACUACUUACAUUGGAGCACACGACUCUACGACGAGCGACUUGGGCGCAUUCUUAUUCGGCAGCAGGAGGACGAACGAUUCUUUGGUGUAUACUUUACAUUUACGUUCGCAUUGCAUGAUUGAAGGCGCUUCGCUUUGAAAUACGGAGAGGUUUAUUGUUGUUUUGCAUUGCUGUUAAGAGGUCAUACGACCAGGAUUGGAAAG